AUGAUAAGCCUACUCAUACCGCUGGCGGCGACGGCAAUACCGAUAUGUGCGAUUCUCUUUGUGACCGGCACGUUUCUGUUCAAGGGAUUCAUUAAUAUACGCUCCCGCUACAAUGCCCGCGUAAACUGUUGGUUCUGCAAUGGCAACGCACGAGUUCCCUACGCGGAUCGCAACAGUUGGACCUGCCCGAAAUGCGAGCAGUACAAUGGGUUCACCAAGGACGGCGACUACAACCGGGACAUGACGUCGCAGCGGGACUGCAGCGUCGGUUCCCAGAAGAACAGCUCCCAGGGCAGCUCCAGCAUCUGCGCCAACUCAUAUUACCAGGAUGUCCUGGCCGCGAAUCCUCCGGCCCCGAAGAACGGACUGUGCGACCAGUGCAAUGAGGCGCAACGCCUGAAGGUCGAGAAACUGUCGCAAUUCGAGCCCAAGAAUGAGUCGCGAUUCGACCAGGAACUGAAGGUUUACAGAGAACGACUGGAGAAGCAGUACCGCCUGUGCAGCAGCUGCGAACGGCACGUGAACAAAGUCCUGCACGAGAAGAAGAAAAUGGUGCUGAGCUCCAAGUUCCUCAACUACAUCAUCAAGGGGGCAUCGCUGCUCAAGCAGCCGCACUUCAAUCGCCUGGCCAGUGCCCAAAAGCAGUACAAACUUCAGCGAUAUCGCGCUAUAAUGACCAUCCUGACCGUGGUCAACAUUCUAUGCCUACUCUGCCGCCUGCCGCAUGGAACAGCCAGCCAGUUUACGACUUUCCUCGGAAAAUUCGUGGGAUUAGCCUUGUUCUAUGCCUACUCCCAUGUGCUGGCCUUUAUUCGAGUAGUGACUUCGGCCGUGGGUAUUUUCCUGGAACAGCGGGAAACGACAGCCAAACUGUUAUUAUACGGACGCACCUUUGGCAAGCUAUUGCUGUAUUCGGUGGGAUUGAGUCAACAGCAAGUGCAGCAGGCCACCUUCGCAUCUUGUUUCAUAGGGGUCUAUCCAUAUGCCAUGUUGGCCCUGAGUUUCCUGCACAAGAUCAACGACGGGCUAAAGUUUACACGGUUCACAAUAGCUCUACUUUUAUGGAGUGCGUAUGCCACGGGAAUGGAACUCCUGACUGCUCAUAUAGAUGGAAUCUCUUUCAUACUUGUGGGCAGUGUUUUCACCCUUGGCUUGUUGAUCACCAACCGCUCGAAUCUGCUCAGUCAAACGAGUCAGGACGAGUCCGCCUGCGAGAGUUUCCAUCGCCUCUGUGCCGACGAAUGCGACGAGGAAACGCUGAGCAUGCUAAGUCAACAGUUGAGUGGUUGCAGCAAUACCAGCAAUGGCAACCUUUCCCUGCCAAGCGCCUCCGUUUGCCAUUCACCCGCUCCUACAAUCUCGCAGCGAACAAUUCAGCCGCCCGCUUCUUUGCUGUCCUUGGAUUCACUGCAUCUGUCCAAGCAGCGGAUGGAACAGCAGGCCGCCUGGGCAUCGACCUAUGGAGGAGCGUCUACAGUUGCGCCGCAACCGCAACAUGCGAUGAUGUUCCAGCAGAAGCCGAUGAGGCCAUUGGAGACCCAAUGGUAUCGCCCUGGAUCCGGUAACAUGGCCCAAAGCCAGGGCUUCGCCAGGUCCACGCACAAUCUGUUGAUGCCAGCGCGUUUGCCGGCCAUGAGCCGGAAUGUCGGCGGAGCUGAUGUGAGCGCCUGGGUGGCGGCCAAUCAAAGUAUCAACCAGGACCUAAGCACUGCCAGUCUAAUGAGACACUACGAGGAGAAACAGCAGCAACUCUCACGCACCUCGUCCCAAUCUUCCGGAUUUGAAUCGCAGACCCGACCAGAAACUCAGUGGGGAACAGCUGCGCCGACAAUAAGGGACUACGGCUGGUCCGAGAACCGAGGAAGUCAGCGAAACCUGGCUGCUAUUCCGCCGCCCCUAGCAUCGCCCACACCCACAUUGGCAGCGGCCAGUGAAUUUCAGUACUCGCGGACAACUGUGCCGCAGCAACAGCCAACAAUUCAGCCGGGAGAUUUACUCAGAAAAUGGAUCGAGGGCAGUUCCAAGGCCUCGCAGCUAAUCCACUGAAAUGUGAUACAAAGUCAUAAAUAUCUAGAUAUCAGAGAAGAAUUGUAUGAUCUGCAGAGAUAGCAAAAAGCAUAGGAAUUCUUAAAAUAGCUAAACAAAUCACAGCCAGUUAGGGAAUAUUACAAUUUUGACUUAACUUAUGUAAUUAUCAAUUAACUUAUAAUUUUUGACUAUUAGUUUGUAAGUUUUCUAUUUCACCGAGGGUUUAUCUUCACAUUUACUUCAAAAUGGUAGCUCUAGAACUCCAAAGUGUAAGAACUCCGGUAAAGACAAACCCUUAGUUAUGUAUUUAAUUGAAAAUUAUCAUUAACAAUCUGUUUUUACGGUUAUAUGAACUCGGCAGGAGCUUCUCCUGAAACUUCGUGACUAACAUAAUUUAGAUAAAUUGUUUAUUAUACAAAUGGAUAUUUUUUGAAAUAAAAGUGGAAUAAAAAAUAA